AUGGUUCAUCAUCCGCGCAUUCGUGUCACAAGCAUGCAGAUCUCGCCGGCGGCUGAAUCACUGUUAGCAGAAAAUCAGUCACUAUCGCUACUGGGAUAUCUGAUUGAUGACAGAUAUUUCAAUGGAGAACAGAUGCAAACCUAUCUACAUCGAAACUGGGCGGUGUAUGCAAGAGUGACACACUAUGACAGGAAUUUAUUUGUCAUCCGGUUUCUUAGUAAGACGGAUCUACUUGCAUCCUUCGAUAAUGGGCCUUAUGCAGUGCAUGGUGGGCUCCUGAUUCUCAGAAGGUGGUAUGAAGAUGAUGAUAUAGUCCUUGGUCAAGUUCGAAUCACAAAACUCUCUAUUUGGGUGAGGAGGUGUGGCAGAUUAGGUCAUCCAAACCACAUAUGUUCGAUUGUUUUGGAUGUGGCACUGGAGGCCUUUUUGGAUGAUCACUUCAAAGCACAAGCUGCCAGAAACAAUGCCCCGAUAUACUGGAAUGAGCUUAGGAAGAUGUUUCCAGAGACAAUGAGAGCAGAUGGUCACAAGAACAGGCGUUGCACCAGAUUGAUGGCGACGUUUCUAAACAAAACCAGAGGUUAUUAUUCUCUAAUUGAAGAGGAUAAGAUUCGAGAUGGCUUUCGUAUUACUAUGGCUGAGGACCAAGGUUUCCAACCCAUGAACAUUGAUCCACCCCCAGAGGAUGACGAUGAAGGCAAUGAUGACUCGGGGCAGGGUCUGAAUGGUGGUGGCCAAGAAGACAUAGAUCUGGGGGAUAGAGAAGACAAUGAGAUGCAUGAUGAUCCAUUGAAUGAAGGAAUUCAACCACCUUUUGAAAAUGGUUUCCACCAAGGUCCAGAGAACUCAACGCCAUCAAGCACGGGAGAAAGAGUUGUACAAUCCCAGAUUACUACUAUUGCGAUCCACUUAGACAAAGGCAACAUUGGACCAGUCAGGCAGAAGACUCUUCAGGCAAGGAUCAAGAAGCUUAAGAAGACUGGUGUGAGUUUUCAAGUAAAGAAGAAGAACCUGAUGCAACUAAAGCAGCAGUUCCAGCAACAACAUAGAAAUCAAGCUUUACCGGGAGAUGAAACAGGGUCGAAUGUCAACAGGCAACUCCAACAAUCUUCCCGCAGGACUCUGGAGAGACUUAGCAGGUGGAAGAGGCUAGUUAAACCAGGGGGGACAAGGAAGAAUCAGGGAAGAUCCACAGAUCCAAUUAACAGGGCCAUUGCCAACAAAAGAGUGAGACCAGUGACUGACACUGAAGAAGAAGAGUUGUAG